UGAGCGGAAGUGUCUGGGAUUCUGCUCGAGUCGUCGCUCCAAAACAGUCGUUUGUAAAGGGAGACGGGGACAAGCGGUGUCCGCAUCUCUCCCUCCACCAUCACCGGCAGCCGGGCUCUUUUUAGCGUGGCUUUAUGAGCGCGGGACAUGCUCUGUCAGGUCUGCGCAAUCUACGUGAACGCUUGUCUGGACACAGGAGAGGAUUAAGUUACUGCUGCUGGCGGCGGAUUAUUUUAUUGGCCUCCUCUUCUCACGCCCGAGUCUUUGGUGAUCCUUCUUCCAAUUAGAGAGGUCUCUCAAAAACCGCAGGUAUGUCUUUCCGGCGAGGUGUAGUCAGGCAGAGCAAAUUCCGCCAUGUUUUCGCCCAGGCGUGGAAAGCCGAGCACUGCAUCGAUGAUGUCAGAGUGUCCCGGGUGACGUGGGACAGUCCACUCUGUGCAGUCAACCCCAAAUUCAUUGCUGUUAUCAUUGAAGCGGGUGGAGGAGGGGCCUUCCUCGUGGUUCCAAUCAGCAAGAGUGGAAGAAUCGACCAGUCCUGUCCCACGGUCUGUGGUCAUGCAGCACCAGUGCUGGACAUCCAGUGGAGUCCUCAUGAUGACAAUGUCAUUGCAAGUGCCUCAGAAGAUUGCACGGUGAAGGUGUGGCAGAUCCCAGAUGGUGGGCUCACAAGUCCAAUGACUGAUGCCACUGUGACCCUUGAGGGACACAGUAAACGAGUGGGACUCCUGGCUUGGCACCCAACUGCCUUCAAUAUCCUCCUAACUGCAGGCUGUGAUAAUGUGAUCUGCGUGUGGAACGUGGGCACGGGGGAGCUAGUGUACCAGCUUGAUGACGGCCACCCAGACUUGAUCUACAGUGUCAGCUGGAACAAGGACGGCAGUGCGAUAUGUACCGUCUGCAAGGACAAAGCCCUGCGCGUCAUCGAUCCGCGAAGAGGCGCCGUCCUCAAGGUCAGAGAGAAAGUCCAUGAUGGUACCAGGCCCAUGAGAGCAGUGUUCCUCUCUGAUGGAAAAAUCCUGACGACAGGCUUCAGCCGUAUGAGCGAGAGGCAGCUGGCUUUGUGGGAUACUAAAGACCUCUCAGAGCCAAUGGUAAUACAGGAAAUGGAUACGAGUAAUGGAGUUCUGCUGCCCUUUUAUGACCCCGACACAAACAUGGUCUACCUGUGUGGGAAGGGGGACUGCACCAUCCGAUACUUUGAAGUGACUGAUGAAUCACCGUACGUUCACUUCCUCAGCUUAUACAGCAGCAAAGAACCUCAGAGGGGUGCAGGCUUUCUGAGUAAAAGAGGUGUGGAUGUCAAUAAGUGUGAAAUUGCCAGGUUUUAUAAGCUUCAUGAGAGGAAGGUGGAACCCAUUUCUAUGACUGUACCACGAAAAUCAGAUCUGUUCCAGGGAGACCUUUACCCAGACACAGCCGGCCUGGAGCCAGCCCUCCUGGCUGACGAAUGGAUCGCGGGGCAGGACGCGCCACCGCUGCUGGUCUCCCUGAGUGGUGGCUACACAGCUCCUCCAUCCAAACACAGAGACACUCUCAGAAGCAAGCCCAAGCUCGUCUCUCAGGACUCUGGGACCGGGGCCGUCCCACCUUCCGCAGGGAACGUAGCAGCUCCCACGUCCACGCCUACCUCUGCCGCCAAGGAGACAGAAGAAGAGACGCCACAGCCGACAGCGGCCACGAGGGAGACGGAUGGAAACGGCGAUAGGCCAAAGAGAGAGGAUGACGUGUUGAGCGAGCUGUUAGCAGAAAUGAAAGCUCUGCGGGCCGUCGUGCUUGCUCAGAAUCAGAGAAUUGAGUUGCUGGAGAGGCAGCUAGCACGGAUUGAAGAUGGGGAUGUAUGAGCAAGCGGAAGAUUCACUACAUUCAGAUGGCUUUUUUUUUUUUUCCUUAAAUCCAUAGACCAUAGCCUUACUAGAGUCAACAGUACCUUAAGCAGUGUGGGCUGAAGAAUGUAGUGUAGAGCAGCAACUAAUUGUGAAUAAAUAGGAGCUUACGGCUAUUGUUUCCAAGACCACAAUAUGUGGGUGACAACUGGGUUAAGGAUAUCGUUGCCGCUGUGUGACGGUGCAUAUAAUGCAGUUUUGAUCUUUGCUUUAAUUUCGAAGCACCCCAAAGGAGUUGCAUCGGCACAGUUGCCUCAAUUUGACGCACAAAGUUGUGUUGAAAAGGAUUAUAUUGGAGCUAAUGAAGGCUGACAGUCUAUAGCAAAGCUAUUAAGUACCUCCUGUACGUUUUUCUCUCUCUGACGCACUAACAAACGUAACCAUUAGGGCUAUUUAAUCAGGUAGAUUAAGCUGCUAAACUGUGAUGUCAUAUCAAACCCCCAGUUGUUAUCUCACUGCGUGACUCGUGCUUUGUUUUACUACUUCAUAAUAGAACACCACGUGUAAAGUUAACUGUCCUCGGCAGCGAGAGCUGUGUGAAUGAUGGCCGAUGAGAGCGUAGCUGAAUAUUUAUGUGUAUUCGUAGCUGUGUGUAGUGUUUGUAGUCAGUGAGAAGGUGACACUUGUGAUUUUGUACCUCAUGUUGUCAGACGAGAACAGCGUAAAGAUAACACUAUGUUACACUGUAACCUGUCAUAAACACAACACAGAAUUACUGUUUUUUCUUUUCUUUUUUAAACACGCGGAAAUGCUGCAGUGUCACACGACCACUCGAGAACCAAUCAGGAUCUGAGCAGCAAAUGUCACAUUUUUUUAGUUGUUGCUUCCAAUGAUAUGAAAGACCUGCAGAGUGGGCAUGGGAUGGGAACCUUUCUUUUUUGUUCUUUUAAAUAUUCAACCUUACACUACAGUGACCGUGCAGCUAAGUCUGACUAAACUGUUCCAAAUCUAUUCCAGAUUGCAGAUCAGAUUUGGUAGCAGCAAGAAAAAGGUUCAAGUGUGGAGGCUUUUCUACGUUUUUGCGCUUGUAUUUGUGUUGAUGAAAAAGCACUUUUAGAUUUAUUUUUUGUGUAGUUUUGUGUUUUUUGCUAUUACAUUUGACAUUUACAUUUAGAGGCAUUAAUCUGUUAUUAAUCUGCUCUUCUUACAAAUGUAGAAUAACAUUGGUACAUUCCACAUAAAGACUACCCCUUUAUUACUUUAUUUAUUUCUUUAUGCACUGAUGUAACAUUGACUGUAAAAAAAAGAAAAGAAAAAAGUAGCAGUUUUAAUCAGACUACAUUGUGGAAGUUCAAUAAACAUUAAUUCUUACUUUA